UGUCGGAGAAGGCUGUGAAGGACCCCGGCGUCGCCGCCGCCGGCUCCGUCCCGGCGCCAUGCCUAACAAGAAGAAGAGCAAAGAUGGCGACGACAAGGAGGGGGCCAAGGAGACGUCGGAGCGGGCCGAGAGUGAGGCGCUUGAGAUGAAGUUGCCGCCCAACCCGCGCCGCCUCUCCGGCAUCUCCAUCGACAGCGAGGACUCCACCAAGAUGGUCGAGGUUAAGACGGGCUGCUGCGGCAUGGACCCCACCACAGGACGGGGGAAGCAGCUCCACCUGAUCCAGAUGCUGCUGCUGCCUUUCAUCCCCAUCAUGGCGCUCAUCAUACAGAACGUGGUGAACAUGGUCACUGUGCUGGAGUCUCAGGCAGACAUGCAGAAGACCAUCGAACAGGUGCAAAUCAGUACCGACCUGGGCAACGUCACGGAAGCCCUGCAGUCUGAGCGCGCCGAGAUCGCCUUCUUCCUCUUCACCAACGGCUCCGUGAUCCGGCGGAACCUCUCCGAGCACUUCCAGUACACCAACCAGCUGAUCGACAACUUGCAAUGGCCGGAGUUCCGGAUCGACGACAAACUAUUCCUCAACAAGUUCCUGUUCCGGAUUCGCUUGGACGACUUCAGGGACAAGAUCAGGAAAUUCGACACGCCCUCCAUCGAUGCCGGAAUAGCGUUCUACAACAGGGCCAAUUAUAUCUUUCUGGAUCAGCUCACUCGGGAGAUCAAGGAGAAAGACGCCAGCGGCGUGUGGCGUCCGCUCCUCGCCUACAAGAACAUGAUCCGUGCCAUCGAGCAUCUGGGCAUCAGCAUGGUGUUCGGCGAGCAGUACUUCGGCAGGGGCGACCUGGACCAGAGCAGCUACAUCGAGUUUGUUACUAACGACGCGCUUGGACAGGACUUCCUCAACAGCAGUCAGAACUUCGCAUACUGGAUCAAAGAUCGGUACGUGCAGCUGCAGAGUAUGUACCCCUGGUACUCCAACAUCACCCGACGACGUCACGAAAUUUUGCUGCGAGAGAAGAUUGACCCCCGACUUUGA